AUGGAUUUAAACAAACAUGUGGUACCGUCAGAGGCUUGGUAUUAUGUGUGCGUAACCCAAGAUGUACUGACGCAGCUAGAUGCAUUGUUACAACAACUUGAUCAGAAGAAGGAAAGCACAAAAACAGAUGAGUAUAAUGUAGUGGAAAAGAAAGUGAACCGAGUUCUUCACGAACGUUUACCCAAACUUUUACAACAACUUUGGCAAGAGAUCUGUGUAGGGAUAACAGCUGUUCUUAAAGCACAUACCGCUCAACCCAGUCAUGAGGAAAAGAUGUGGAGUGAGUUGGGAGAACAGUGUUCACAGUUAUCGCUCUUGAGAUCUCUUUAUAGAUUUAUUAUGGCUGCCCUCUCUGGAAAGGCAAUGUCGAAUGGGGGUGGAACUAUUGUAGAAGUUCGCGGGAUUGCACGCUUGCUGUAUCUGCGGGGUUGUGUAUUAUCGUCAAGUGAAGGGCAAGAAUUAAAACAGUGGAUGAUUGAUUUCGUAUUGGAAUUAUAUAAAACUAUAUUUACUCAAGUAGAGAAUGGGAAUGCACGAUUUGAUGAGUUGCAGAAAAAAAUAACGGUAUGUAAAGAAACUUUUCGUGAGUCUUCUUCUUAUCAAUCUCAACAACAACAACAACGUCAACAUCAACAACAACAAGAACCACAUCAAGGCAUAGGUUCAUCUAAUGUAAAUCUAGAAGCCGAAGUGGGAAGUUGUUCUGAUGAAGAAAUAUGCAAAGAACACUUGAAAUUUCUUAGGGCAGCGUGUAUUGGAUUAGCAGAUGAUCUCAUCACUUUUCUGAGACAACAAACAUUAGAAGAUUUACAGUCAUCUCCACCUUUAAAGGAAAAGAAUGAUGGUGAUGAUAAUAUUCAACCCAAUCUCUCUGCUAGUGAACCCACCGACACGGUAGUGGAGUUAACAGGAGUUGUGAAGGACUCUCAUUUAACCGCUGGCGCUGAUCGUUGGGUAUUUUUUCGCAUCCGCCCGAACGAUUCUCCUCCACUCACGCUUGAGGAAGUCUCUCUUCAAGUGCGUAACUUUUACGAUGUGUAUAAUGCGGAGAAGAGUAGUAUGGCCUUUGCCUUUGCAGACGGCUACGGGGAGGACUACACAGAUCUCUUUGAUGCCCUCGAAUACCGCUACUGCUUUACCGCCCCCGAAAAAAUACCCACAGCAGCAAUAGAAACAACAACAACAACAAAGGGAAUAGAAACAACUGGAACUACACCAAUAGCAACAACAACAACAACAACAAGAGUGGAGGGAGUCACAAUGUCUGUUCCAUCUGAAAAACAGUUGCCUGAUGGGGAAGUGCCUAAAGAGGCUGAAGAGGGAGUAAAAGAGUCGGAUAAGAAGUCUGAAGAAGGCGGUGGAUGUUCUGUUAUGUGA